GUGUGGUGGGAUUUGGCGCUGCGUGGUGCUCUGCGCGCGGCCGUCCAGUUCUGUCUCUCAGGCGCGUGAAUGCACGGGUACCAAAGCAUUAUCUUAAUUUCCAGUUUCAUCGGCAAUUUGCACAAUGCGGAGGUGAAAACGCGCGGUCUCGUCCGAACCAUUGACGGCACGCACUGGUAAUAUGCCAGUCGGUUUAAUUUUCAUCAUCUGAAAGCUAUUGCUAGUAAAGAAUCACGCAUGCAUUCAAACAGAGGAUUACCGCGGAGGAAUUGCCUUGAAACCAUGAACUGCAGCUGGGGGACGGAGCUGUGGGAUCAGUUUGAUAAUCUAGAAAAGCAUACUCAGUGGGGCAUUGAGUUUUUGGAACGCUACACAAAGUUUGUGAAGGAACGGUCUGAAAUUGAAUGUAGCUAUGCCAAGCAGCUGAGAAGUCUGUCCAAGAAAUAUCAGCUGAAGAAGAACUCCAAAGAGGAAGAUGAAUUCAAGUACACGUCAUGCCGAGCUUUUCUCAUGACCUUAAAUGAGCUGAACGACUACGCGGGUCAGCACGAGGUCAUCGCUGAAAAUCUGUCCUCUCAAAUCAUGAUCGAGUUGACCCGCUACAUUCAAGAACUGAAGGCUGAACGCAAAUCGCAUUUCCACGAUGGCCGUCGAGCUCAGCAGCACAUUGAAAAUUCCUGGAAGCAGUUGGAGUCGAGUAAGAGAAGAUUCGAGCGGGAUUGUAAAGAAGCGGACCGCGCGCAGCAUUACUUCGACAAGAUGGAUGCCGACAUUAACGUGACUAAAGCGGAUGUGGAGAAGCGGUGUUCUUUCAAGGCUAAACAGCAAGCUCAGAUGAGGCAUCAAAUAGCUGAAGACAGUAAAAACGAGUACUUGACCUACCUGCAGAAGUUUAACAAGGACCAGCAUGAGCAUUACUACACGCUCAUACCACACAUCUUUCAGAGGAUACAGGAGAUGGAGGAACGACGGGUGGGCAGGGUAAGAGAAAGCAUGCGAGUGUACUCCGAGGUUGAACGUAAAGUACUGCCUAUCGUCAGCAAGUGUCUGGACGGCAUGACCAAGGCAGCUGAAUCCAUCGAGCCUAAAAUGGACAGUAAACAAGUGGUAGAGUCAUACAAAUCGGGCUUUGAACCCCCGGGCGAUGUGGAGUUUGAGGACUAUAGUGUGUCUAUGAAGAGGGCGGUGUCAGAAUCAAGCUUCUUAAAUACUCGUGGAGAGAGCAGACGCCGCAGCAGGAGCAGACUGUGGCCUUUACUCAAGAGAAACAAGCUUAUGUCUUUGUUAGCAUCACCCCGUCAGCCUCCUCCCCCUCCUCCCACCUCCCCGUCCCCUGAGGGCCUCCCCAACGGCCCUCAGUCCCCGCAGCAGGCCAAGGAGCCCCUGAGUCAGCGCCUCAACGACUUCAUGAGCACCAAACACAAAAUGCACUGCCUGCGGAGCCUGAAGCGUGGGCUUUCUCUAAAGCUGGGAACGGGACAAGAGGACUAUAGUCAUCUCCCCCCCGAACAGAGAAGGAAAAAACUUCAAGCCAAACUCAAUGACAUCAAUAAAGACAUCCAGAAAGAGAUGGAUCAGAGGGAUGCCUUGACUAAAAUGAAAGAUGUUUACUGUAAGAAUCCUCACUUAGGGGAUCCAGACAGUAUAGAUCCACGUUUAGAAGAGAUCACACAGAGCUUGGAAAAGUUGCAACUUGAAGCGCAGAAAUUUGAGGGCUGGCUGACGGAGUUGGAAAGAAAGUUACUUGAAAAGGCAUCGGAGCCUCAGAGACAGAGCGGCCAUUUUGACUCGCAGGGCAACACGCCUCUUACUAACAACUACGGUCAAAACCGAGAGAGUCCGGAUGGCAGCUACACGGAAGAUCCCAGCACCGAGACCAGCAUGCAGUUUAAAUCUCGCAGUACCGAGUUUGAUGAAGACUUUGAUGAGGAGGAACCUUUACCCACCAUUGGAACAUGCAAGGCACUUUAUCCAUUUGAAGGUCAAAAUGAGGGUACCAUAUCCAUGAGCGAAGGGGAGAUGCUGUACGUAAUCGAGGAGGACAAGGGCGACGGGUGGACUCGAGUUCGCAAAAACGAGGACGAGGAAGGAUACGUGCCCACAUCCUACAUCAAACUCUUUUUGGACGCGAAUGCCAAAGGUGCUAUGACAUACAUAUAAUCCCACGUCACCCGGAAGGGUGGUUUAACUGUACACACAGCAGACGAGAGCGUGAAAAUGUCAUCGUCCUCGGUUAAAAGAGGAAGCGGGGUGAUUCCUGUUUUUGAUAAGUUCAAGACGCCAUGCAUAUUGCACAGUUCUGGUCUGUAUAUUUUGAUUUAUUUUGCCCUCAGAGUCAAUCGAUGUUAAAUAUCCGUAAGGCAAUAAAGACACGGCUGCUGGGUAAUUUUGAUAUCUAAUGGAAAUGGCUGGUUUACCAACAUGUCAUGUUGAUAUUUAACAUUACGGCAUAUUAGGUGAACAUGUCAUGUUAAUUUUAAGCGUAUUUGAAGAGCUCAGAUGCAAGUGCGUCUGACAUGUUUUUUUUUUUCAAAAUUAGAUUCUGCCAACAAAGUUGUAUUUCUGAAUGGCCUUAGGCUGGAAAGUAUUUGAUGGAUGUAAUAGUGCCCAGAGCGUUCGGUCAAAAUAUCAUUUUCAUUUUUGACUGAGGUGGCGUUUAGAGGAUUUUGCAUCUGAGCUCCUCGUUGGUUUACUGCUGUUAUCAAGACUCACUCAUGGUUUAUUAAUAUUUCUUUUAUGGUAUAGAAGCAAUCAGAUGUUUUAAAACCUACAUGAUUAGGAAAUGUCUUAAAAGUAAAUACUUUAAAGGGAUAGUUUACCCUAAAACAAAAACAUGCUCAUUUAUUUACUCAUCGUUAUGUAUAUUGAACGCCUUAAUGUCUUGAUCCGUUUUAACUCAAACGCAGGAUGGUGGAUGAUGAACGCCUCUUCAAGCUUCAAAAGGACCCAAAAGUGUUAAGGCCCAUUCACAUUAUGGACAAUAACUAUAAAAAUAUAGUUUAAAAAUUGUUGACACCAAAACUUUAACAAUUAAAAUAAAAGAAACGAUAUCAUUGGGCUCCCUUUCGGAGCGAUUUUUUUUUUCUUCUCCAACUGGUAAAAACAUUGACAACCAAACAAAUCUUUUUGAAUUUAACGUUUAAAGUUUUUCGCUACUCAGGUAUCCAUCCCUUCUGUGGUUGCAGUCAAACUGACGGCGUUAUGUUUUUAUUUAAUUACAUUGACUACAUCAAUAGAUAAGAUAAUAGAUUACACAAAAAAGAUUCAAAAGGAUAUCUACAAUAUUAGUUUAAUGCCAUUAAAUAUAAACGAUUUGCGCAAGUAUGGUGGCAUGCAAACAAAUUAACGUGCGUACGCUAAUAUAGUUUUCCUGCAGAAAAUUUGUUAGUUAAGGUGGUA